GGGGGCGCGCCUGCGCCAUGGGCUGCGGCUGCGCUCUUUCCCGCUCAGGCUUCCGCUCCGGAAUUGGAGGCUUGAGGACAGGGGCUUCUCGCCUCUUUCCGCUCCAUAGCUUCCCCGCCUAUGGACCUUAAAACCUACUGCUGCUACUGCGGUGCUAGGCAGAUACUGUCCCACCUAUAGGAUGUGAGCUCUUCCGCUACAAGCUCCUCCGGGGGACCGAGGUAACCGCUCCCCGCGGGCAGACGACUGCGCGUGCGUGUGAGGGGAGGGCGCGUCUGCGGAGAUCUCCUACUGCGCAUGUGUGAAGCGGGGCCUCCCUGACCGGCGGUGUCUUUCUCGGGUGGAAUUUCAGUGCGCAUGUGUGAAGUGGGGCCUCUGACCGGCGGUGUCUUUCUCAGACAGUUAAAGAGCAGUAGAAUGGAAAGCAAGCGCUGUGGCCGUCCUGUGCUGUGGUCCUUGUCUACAAUGUACACCUUCCUGCUGGGAGCCAUAUUCAUCGCUCUGAGCUCAAGUCGCCUCCUGCUGGUGAAAUAUUCCGCCAACGAAGAGAACAAAUAUGAUUAUCUUCCAACCACCGUGAACAUUUGCUCAGAACUGGUAAAGCUUGUUUUCUGUGUGCUCGUGUCAUUCUGGGUUAUAAAGAAAGAAGAUCAUCAAAGUAGAAACUUGGGAUGUGCUUCCUGGAAGGAAGUCUCCAGUUUCAUGAAGUGGUCCAUUCCCGCCUUCCUGUACUUCCUGGAUAACUUGAUUAUCUUCUACGUACUGUCCUACCUUCAGCCUGCCAUGGCUGUUCUCUUCUCGAAUUUUAGCAUUAUAACAACAGCUCUUCUAUUCAGGAUAGUGCUGAAGCGGCACCUGACCUGGAUACAGUGGGCCUCCCUCCUGAUUCUGUUUUUGUCUAUUAUGGCUCUGACUGCCGGAACCAAAGCUUCCCAGCCUAACUUGGCAGGGCAUGGGUUUCAUCACGAUGCCUUCUUCCAGCCGUCCAAUUCCUGCCUGCUUUUCAAACACGAGUGUCCCAGAAAAGAUAAUUGCACAGCGGAGGAGUGGGCUUUCCCUGAAGCUAAGUGGAAUGCCACCACCAGGGUCUUCCGUCACUUCCGUCUUGGCUUGGGCCACGUCCUUAUUAUAGUACAGUGUUUCAUCUCCUCGAUGGCCAAUGUCUAUAAUGAAAAGAUCCUGAAGGAGGGGAAGCAGCUCGCCGAGAGCAUCUUCAUACAGAACAGCAAACUCUAUUUCUUUGGUGUCCUUUUUAACGCGCUCACCCUGGGCCUUCAGAGGAGUAACCGCGAUCAGGUUAAGAACUGCGGAUUGUUCUUUGGCCACAAUGCAUUUUCAGUAGCCCUUAUUUUUGUCACUGCAUUCCAGGGUCUCUCAGUGGCUUUCAUCCUUAAGUUUCUGGAUAAUAUGUUCCAUGUUUUGAUGGCCCAGGUCACCACUGUCAUCAUCAUGACCGUGUCUGUCCUGGUGUUUGACUUCAGGCCCUCCCUAGAGUUUUUCUUGGAAGCCCCGUCAGUCCUUCUCUCUAUAUUUAUUUAUAACGCCAGCAAGCCUCAAGGACUGGAACACGUACCUAGACAAGAAAGGGUCCGCGAUCUGAGUGGCAGCCUUCGGGAGCGCUCCAGUGGGGACGGGGAGGAGCUGCAGCGACUUACCAAACCCAAGAGUGAUAAUGAGUCGGAUGAAGAUGCUUUCUGAUUAGUACCCAGAUAAUUGGCAGCUCUCACGAGCUUAAUUUUCACAUUCGAAAUACUUACCUUUUCACUUUGAUAAACUGAGAAUGUUUCUAAAAUAUAACCCUUUGCCUGUGUCUAACCAAUUGCUAAACAACUCCAUCCAAGGCUUGAAGCAGCCAAAAACUGGCAAGUUCUGAGGGACUGACGGAGGACUUAAUAGCGUAGCGACUGCAGCAAUGCCCCCGUGCUGGAGAAGCCAGGAAGGGGUACUUACAGAUGUUUCCCUUGUCUUCAGAGUUCCAGAAAGCUUGCCGUAAUCACAGUAGUAACCGUACCCUGUAAAUACACCAGUAGAAAUCAGUUUGCCAGAUACUGAUAUUCACGUAGUGCUAGUCUGCACGCCAAAGCCUUCCCUUUUUUAUGAUUAUAAACAUCACCUAGGUUGCCCCUUGAAUUUUAAGGCCUGAGAGAUACUCAUUUUGUAGCGAAGAAACAAUAGGACUCUGUCUUAAAAUGUGGCUGAGGAGCCCGACUCUCCGGCUACACUGUAGAUUUGGGGUGAUGUAGUCUGAGCGAAAUGUUUUGCUGAAGAAGCAAUUUUUAGGAAUUCAUGGGAAACCGGAUUUUUAGUUAUCGAUGUUUCUCUGCACCGAUAAGCGGCAGCUUAAGUGAAAGUUGUUUCCCAAUCACCAGUUACCGCUUGUGACUCAUCACUUGGACAAGUCAUGUCUUUGUUUCUCCUCAGUUUGUAGAUCACAGAAUCUUGACCUCGUUACUCUUGGGUUAUUGCGUUUUGGAGAAUUGAUACAAAGGAAUUUGGUUUUAUUUUUGUUAUUCAGAGCUGGUGACUGUUUUGUGUGUUUGUGUCAUACCCUGUUGCCAGAGUUAAGGCUCUGACUUCAGACUCAUCCAAUAAGACUAAUGCUUAAGAACCCUUUUAAAGGGAUUCCUUUGCAGCCAAGUGUUGACUUAGAUUGAAGCGUAAAUAGCGUUACUCGAAAAGCCGAGAAAAUACAGCAUUUUACAGUAAUAACUUUUCACACUUAGCACGCACGAUGUCUUUUGAGGUGCGUUUGCAUGCGGCACACUCACUUUAUAAGGCACAGAAAUCACGUGAUAAACCAAAAGCCAAGCGCGUUGCCUUUCCGACCCAUGGCGACCCCGUAGGGCAGAGUAGACCUGCCCCAUAGAGUUUUCAAGGGCGACCCUGUAGGGCAGAGUAGAACUGCCCCAUAGAGUUGCCAAGGGCAACCCCGUAGGGCAGAGUAGACCUGCCCCAUAGAGUUUUCAAGGGCGACCCUGUAGGGCAGAGUAGAACUGCCCCAUAGAGUUGCCAAGGGCGACCCCGUAGGGCAGAGUAGAACUGCCCCGUAGAGUUGCCAAGGGCGACCCCGUAGGGCAGAGUAGAACUGCCACAUAGAGUUUCCAAGGAGCGCCUGGUGGAUUCAGACUGCUGACUUUUUGGUUAGCAACUGUAGUACUUAACCACUAUGCCACCAGGGUUUCCAGUCGGGUGAUAGAAAACUAACAAAACUGAGGCCCAGCCUGUGUCAUACAGGUGGAUGGCGAUAGACAAGCAGGCCUUGGCUUCUGGGGCCCUAUGUCAACAGGUACCACCCUGUAAAUGUGAACUUCAAGGUGUCAUUCUCAUGCAGCCUAUAUGCAUUACUUCUCCUCUUUACCCUGAUUUUCAUGCAAGUAAAUAUAAAGAUUUUUUUUUAAGUUGCCGUUGAGUCAGCUCCGAUUCAUAGUCUAUAGGACAGACUAGAACUGCCCCAUACGGUUUCUAAGGCUGCAAUCUUGAUGGAAGCAGGCUGCCACAUCUCUCCUGUGGAGCUGCUGCUGGUGGGUUCGAACUACCAACCUUUUUGGUUAGCUAGCAGCUGAGCGCUUAACCACUGCGCCACCAGCAUCCGUGAGGUAAAAUACUGUGAUUUAUUUCAUAUCGUAUAUGAAUAAUAACUAAAAAAAUUAUUGGGGGUAGGGAAUGUUUACAUCUUAGAGUUUCUUCAAAAACGGAAAAAUGAAGUGUCCUGGUAGUUGAUCGACAAUCAGAUUCUUGAAUAGGAGAGAAAUUCCAACUCUGAACAAAGUGCUUAUCAUCUUGACAGAUUUUUUUUUUUUUCUGUUGUAUUGACAGGAGUGGAGAAAGCCUCCAUCUGUGAUAUGCAGAGUCAUAUGGUUGGCAGGAAUUGGUGGAAAAUUUGUAAUUAAAAUACUUCUUAACCCUUUAUCAUGGGUCGCCACUCUGUGAUGUCAGGUGCAAUGUGGAAUUCUGUUUAUUUCUAAAAAUGGAAUGAGACAAGUUUUAAAAUUUUCUCUUUGGUAGAUCUUAACUUCUGAGAAUAAGUAAUCUGGUCACCUUAUCAGAGGCAUUCCAACCAGAGUUCCAUUAACCAGGAAGAUUACAUCUGUUAUGGCGAUUCAUUUUAAAGAUAAGGAAAAUAAGGUGCGGAAGAAGCUCACUUUUGGGAAAUAAAGCGUGCAAAAAUUUUAUCUUACAGAACAGACACAAUUGUAAAAAUAUUAUUUACAAAGGUGACACUUAUAAAAUGCAUUAAAUAGAAGAUUCCAGUAGUGCAUGAAGAUUGGUUUUUUAUUUACAGUUUGUUUUUUUUCCACCCCCCUUGUCUUAGGCUGGGUUCUCUAGAGAAGCAGAACCAGUAAAGCAUAUACAUAUAUGUAGAGAGAGAUUGAUAUCAAGGAAAUGGCUCGCAAGGUUGUAGGGACUGGAAUGUCCCAAGUCCACGGGUCAGGAUAGAGGCUUCUCCUGAUUGAUGCAGCCGCAGAGGCUGGCAAACCCAAAAUCAGCAAGUCAGAGAGCAAGGCUCUUGCUCACAGCCUGCAAAAAUGGACAAAUUCCAAGAUCCCCAGGCAGAAUCACAAGUAAGCUGCUAGCUCAAGUCCUAAGAACCAGAGGUCAGAUGAACGGAAGCCAGCAGCGGGAUCCAGAGUGAGCAAAAGCCCGCAAGCCCGGCCAGGAUGUCUAGUUUUAUUUGAUGGAGGCUACAUGCCCAAGGAAACUCCCUUUCAGUCUGACUGGUUACAGCAGAUCCCAUCAUGGAGGUGCUCACAUGAUACCAAGUCUCAUCGUGGAAGUGAUCGCAGCAUCGGAGGACUGCAAAACUGCGUCCUAACUGCCGAACCACGGAAGCUCACGGCCCAGCCAGGUUCACACACAGCCUUAUCCAUCACACUCCUUUUUGGGAAGCGUGUUGUUGCUCAGAAUAAGGUUUAGUUGUGCGUUUUUACUACCUGUCUUAGUUACCUAGUGCUGCUAUAACAAAUAAGUGAAUGGCUUUAACAAACAAAUUUAUUCUCUCACAACGUAGGAGGCUAAAAGUCUGAAUUAAGGGCGCCAGCUCCAGAGGAAGGACUUCUAUCUUUGUCAGCUCUGGGGGAAGGUCCUUGUCAUUAAUCUUCUGGUCUAGGAGCUUCUCAGCACAGGGCCCGCAGGUUGAAAGGAUACACUCCCCUCCCAGUUCUUCAUUCUUGGUGGCAUGAGGUCCCCAUCCUCUCUGCUCGCUUCUGUCUUUUACAUCUCAAAAGAGACUGAUGUAAAAUACAGCCUAAUCAUGUUGAUUGAGUCUGCCUCAUUAACAUAAUAGUCAAGUUGACAUAUAUUUUGGAGGACGCAGUUCAAUCCAUGACACCACCAAUAGAACUGGAACUGAGGUGAAUGCACGGGAGUACUUUGGGGGUACCACCAUUUUAAAAGAUGAGAGGCCUAGAAACAACAUCCUGUGAUCUUAGAUAUUCUUGGAGUCAAGGGACUGUAUAACCUGGAGAGAAGAGCAAUGAAAACCAAAAAGCCAAACCCACUGCCAUUGAGUCAAUUCUGACGGAUAGCAACCCUACAGGACAGUAGAACUGCCCCCACAGGGUUUCCAAGGAGCUCCUGGUUGAUUUGAACUGCAGACCUUUUGGUUAGCAGCCACAGCACUUAACCACUAUGCCACCAGGGUUUCCAGAAGAGCAACGGUCAUGUUUAAAAAGCAGACUUGCACGCUGGAGAACCAAAUGCAGUGCGAGUUUAGGGCAGUGGCUAUUCUUUCGUUUUAAAGAAGACUCUGAACAAAAGGUUUCUUGAGUGGCACAAACGGUUUGCGCUCGACUGCUAAAGAUCAGCAGUUUGAACCUACCCAGCUGCACCAUGAAAAAGGCCGGCAAUCUGCUUCUGUGACGAUCACAACCAAGAAAACCCCGUGGAGCAGUUCUACUCGGUAACACACGUUUGGGGUUCACCAUGAGCUGGAAUUGAUGGCAACCGGUUCCCCCCCAACAACUGAUAGUUUUCACCAAUGGAAGGUGCACCUGGAGAGUAGUAGAGAAUGAGUAGUAAAUUCUCUUAAGAUUUAGGGAGAGGUUAUUUUUAUGCAUCACUAUCAGGGAUGUUUUAGAAGAGAUUGCUUCCUUGGCAGAGAAGUUAGACUAAAUGGUUUCUAAAGCCCCUUCCCAUUACUCUUAUUCUCUUCUGUCAUAAUUCCUGAAUGGCCAUUGAUUAGAUACCGGAAGGGCCCGUUGUGCCAUGGCCUGGCUCCAGCCGUCACUGGUCCUGGAACUGAACUU